CAUUUCACAUCAGGGAAGAAAUCGUAGAGGAGUUCUUGCUUCAACAGUGUUUGAACGGAACUUCUUCGCUCGUCCCCGCUCUUUACUUCCAACUACUACACCUUGUCGAAACUCAAAAUCCUUUUCUACUUGAACACUACUGAAGAAGUCGACGUAAAGCUCUAUUUUUGUACCUUUUUGCUAAGAAAAAGCACAAGAAAACGCCAGCCAAGAUGGACUCCCAAGUGCGUCAGAACUACCACCGCGACUGUGAGGCCGCUAUCAACCGGAUGGUCAACAUGGAGCUGUUUGCCUCUUACACAUACACUUCCAUGGCUUUUUACUUCUCCCGUGAUGAUGUGGCCCUCCCAGGCUUCUCCCAUUUCUUCAAGGAGAACAGUGACGAAGAGAGGGAGCAUGCCGAGAAGCUGCUGUCCUUCCAGAACAAGAGAGGAGGACGCAUCUUCCUGCAGGACAUCAAGAAACCGGAACGUGAUGAAUGGGGGAGCGGGCUGGAGGCCAUGCAGGGCGCUCUGCAGCUGGAGAAGAGCGUCAACCAGGCCCUGUUGGACCUGCACAAGCUGGCCUCAGAGCAUGGAGACCCACAUCUGUGUGACUUCCUGGAGUCCCACUACCUGAACGAGCAGGUGGAGGCCAUCAAGAAGCUGGGUGACUACAUCACCAACCUCACCCGCAUGGAUGCCCACAACAACAAGAUGGCAGAGUACCUGUUUGACAAGCACACCCUGGGCAGCAAAAGCUAAAUGCAAAAGCUUCUGGAUUGAGCCUGAAGUGAAAAUCUUAACACAGGCUUUAAAUUCACACACCCUUCUGCUCCAGCUGUUCAUUCAUUGAGCAUAAUCAAUAUCUACUCUGAUUAAUCUUUGAAGUUGAGUGCUCGUACGUCGUGGUGUUACUGCUAUUUUCAAAUGUCAUAUGGAAGGAUGAAUGUUGUUAGGUUAUGACUUUGCCCUCAUUAUCUAUAAGCCUCCUCCUGGACAUUUUAAACAAAGAUUGUGACUGUUUCUGAUCUGUUAAUCUGAAUAAACAUUUUGAGCUGGA